GAGUCGGAUCUAGAACUAUGGGGUUCUAAUUUAGAGCUUUGAGUGUCGCAUCUUAAAUCUUUGGGGGGUCGGAUCUUAAAUCUUUGGGGAUCUUUGGGCAUUGAUUUUGAAGAAUAAAAAAUGAAAACCCUUUAUAGCAUUUUAUGUAUUUUGUAUUGUUAUAUAUUGAGAUCCUAGGUUACCAUAAAGAUUUUGAUCCUAAAGAGAUCACCGUUUUAAAGUUGUCUCAUCUUGAAACAGUCCGUGUACAUCCGCCUUUAUGUUACAGGUGGAAUGGUUAUCAACAGUGUUGAAGUCAGAGACGCCUCUAGCGGAAAUAGUCAGGCUGUACACGGACCUAUUGUUGUCGUUGGACCCCUCGCCUACUAAGGUGGUAUCAGCUAAUUUCAAAUUAUGUCAAAGUCCAGAAGAAGGUAUGGCUUUAUUGGAAGAUUUGAAGACGGAUAUCGAUGAAUUUGUAGCUUGCAUUAGAGCUAUUAUAGACGCACCAAGACCUAAUAAAGAAACUCUACCUGUCAAUACACUUAAGGAAUUAGGUCGCGCAGUAUACCAGCCUCUCAGGGAACUGAUGCCAAAGUACACGGAACUUCAGAUACAGCUGUUCCAAGCAAAUCUGAAUGAUAAUCAAUUGAAACAGGAUGAACUUCUAGAACAUUCUAGAGCGUUGCUCAGUGUGGCUGAGCGGUGUGAGGGCUGGCUCAGUACAGCGUACGCUAGAGGAAGGAAGAUUGCUGGGAAUGCUGUUCUACCUUACUACAUACCUGCAGUUGAGGCGUUAUCAUCAUCAAUCCUCUCUCUAAUAUCAACACACAGUCGUCGAAUAGAGACGAACUUCUUGUCCUCUGUGAGGUCCGGCCUCAGCGCCGGCGUGCUCAGUGAGACCUUCCCCGCAGCUCUCGCUCUAGAAGCUGCUGCUGCUGAACUGCUCAAGGUCCUCGCUGAUAGACUGGAGGAAGGUGAAGAUCCAGAACAUCCACUCCUGGACCUGAAGAGUGUCCUAGAUGGUGAUGUGGUACAACCACAGCUGACCUCAGUAUCAGGUUUGCAGCGCGCUAGAGAACAGCUCAGAUCUCUCGCCAGAGCUGUUCUAAGGAAUCCAGUGGAUGUACAACUUGAUAAAAUACCACAAUUAUCAGUUUGGCAUAACAAUGAUGCGUUGUCAACGGAGUUGCCAGACUUCGCUUUGUCCCCACAAGAAUAUAUUACAGAGAUUGGUCAAUAUUUGAUGACGUUACCUCAACAUUUAGAAAUGCAUUUACCAGAAAAGCAAGCGCCAUGGCAGUUUUUAUCUGAGGUUUGUGCUCAUACAUGUGAAGUUUAUGCUGAGAAGAUAUUAAAUGUACGGAAUAUGGACGCUUUGGGAACUAAACGAUGUCUCACUGAUAUUGUGUAUUUAUCAAGUGUUGUAGAAGAUUUGGGCAGUAAUAUCACACCAGCAUUAAAGAAUUUGGAGAAAUCUCUCCGAGCAGCCACACCAAGCCAAACUGAAUAACUGUACAUAACUUGACUAUUCAAAUAAAGGUUGAAAAUAUUUAUUAA